AUACCUGCAGGUUCAGUGUCCAAAGGCACCCACUCAAGUACCACUGACACUGCCACAGUCCUCUUUGUCUCUACCACUUCGAGGAGUUCUUCGGAAGGAUGGGCUCCAAGAUGCUUCUGGUCACCGCUCUCUUGGUGGGCAUAGCCUCUCAGAGCUAUGCCACCAGGAGCCUUGACGGAAACCACUUGGCUGAUCAGAAGUACGGCGGCGGCGGCUACGGAGGUGGCGGUGGGGGCUCCGGAGGUGGUGGUGGCUACGGAGGAGGUGGCAGCGGCGGCGGGGGUGGCUAUGGAGGAGGCGGCGGCGGUGGCUACGGAGGAGGAGGCGGCGGUUACACACCGAUGCCAACACCGUCGACCCCCAGCCACAGCGGAUCCUGCGACUACUGGAAGGGCCACCCGGAGAAGAUCAUCGACUGCAUCGGCAGCCUGGGCAGCAUCCUGGGCUCCCUCGGAGAGGUGUGCCACUCCUUCUUCGGCAGCAAGAUCCAUACCCUGCAGGACGCGCUGUGCAACACCCGGACCGACUGCUACGGCGACCUGCUGCGCGAGGGCGCCGCCGCCUACAUCAACGCCAUCGCCGCCAAGAAGGAGAAGUUCGCCUACACCGCCUACCAGGUCAAGGAGUGCGUCGCCGUCGGGCUCACCUCCGAGUUCGCCGCCGCCGCGCAGGCCGCCAUGUUGAAGAAGGCCAACUACGCCUGCCACUACUAGGAGGCUAGGCUACCGGCCGGCCGCCCCAGCUGGUGGUCGUCGGUGGCUAAAUAAGUCCAUAUAUGCAUGCACGUGUCGUGCAUGUUUUCAUGCAGUUUCCCGGAUGCGCGCGCGCGUGUCCUCCGCUAUGCCUUUAUGUGUUUGCUUGCCGUUUGAUGAUGCAUGCCAUGCCGUCUCAUAUAUACGUAGUGAUGCUUAAUGCUUUGCUUGCUUUUCUUAUCUUCGUUGGUGAUGUAAGAAUAAUUUGAUUGAGGAGUUAUUAGUGAAAGACAUAGUAUGCAUGAUCGCUA